AUGCAGGACAUUGCAGUGGCUGUGGGGAGAUUCACCCAGAGGAGAAGAAUGGCACUGAAGCGAAUUUCCAGCAACAAGUGCUUUGGAGGAUUGCAGGAAGUUUUUGAACAUGAGACCCUGGAGCUGAAAUGUAAAAUGAAAUUUGCUGUCUACUUACCACCAAAGGCAGAAACUGGAAAGUGCCCUGCCCUGUAUUGGCUUUCUGGUUUAACUUCCACAGAGCAAACUUUUACAUCAAAAUCUGGUUAUCAUCAAGCUGCCCCAGAACACAGCCUUGUCAACACUGCUGCAGAUACCGGCCCUCGUGGGUGCCAUAUUAAAGGGGAAGAUGGUAGCUGGCACUUCGGCACCAGAGCAGGGUUUUAUGUGAAUGCCUCUGAAGAUCCUUGGAGAACUGACUACAGAAUGUACUCUUAUGUAACAGAGGAGCUUCCCCAACUCAUACAUGCCAAUUUUCCAGUGGACCCCCAAAGGAUGUCUAUUUUUGGCCACUCCAUGGAAGGCCAUGACAGGGACCAUUCAGGAACUCACCCACUCCCCUGUCUCUUCCCACAUGACAUCCUGGCCACCUUGGGAAUCAACCACCAGUACAUGCGCCUCUCGACCGCCCUCUCCAGUCUCUCAGCGGCCCUGCAGGGAGGCCUGAGCUGCUGGGUUGGAGGGAACCCAGCACACCUUCUUGGCGUGGGUCUGGCAUCCAACAGGAGCCCAGCACAGGAUUGCGCGGGCGCUGCUGCCCUCUUCCGGCCGCAUGGCGCAUUACAGUCAUCUCAGGGCAUUGCUGAGCUGGCCGCAGUUUUAGGCAGGGAGCAGAGAAGGUGA